AUGUCAAUUUUUGAUGAUUUUAUGUCAGAUGAAUACAUAAGGGAUAAAUUUGAUGAUGAGAUCGAAGAAAAAGAAUAUGAAAGUUUUGAUAAAAAGAAAAAUAAUGAUGAAAAAAAUAAAUUACAAAAAUAUAACAUUAUAAAUGAUGAGAUUGAAUCAACUACUAUAAUAAAUAGAAACCCCCAAGCAAACAAGAAAACAAUAAAUAUAAAAGGUGAAUAUCAUUCUCUUAAGCUUCCAAAAUUUUUAGAGGUAUGUCCUGAUAUCGAAAAGAAAAAAAAAACAGAAAAAAAUGAAAAGGAAACAUAUGAAAUAUCCCAAGUAGGGGCAAAUAAAAGUGCUGUCAUAUCAUGGUCUUUUGAUGAAAAUUUAUAUACACAAAUAAAAGAGAAGAAAAAUAUAAAUGAUUUAUUUGAAGGCGAAAAAGAACAAAAUAAAAUAAUGAACGAAAAUAAUAAUCAAGAAUGUUUAACAGAUGAUAGCGAGUUAAAUAUGUCUGAUUUAGACGACAUUUAUGAAAAAUAUGAUGUAGAUAAUAGUGAUAUUAUAAGUGUUCCAAAUAAUGGUGAAAAUGCCAAUGAACAUAUUUUAUUGAAAAACUUAGAAUUUUUAGAAACUAACUCAUUUAUUGUAGAAUACGAGGAUGGGAAGAAAAUCCUUUUUGUUGAUAACAAUCCAUAUAUGUUAGAAGAGGAUAAUGACUUGAAUUAUUUAAUUGAAUGCACAGAUGAAAAUGUUUUAUUAAUACAUGGAAAAAUUGGGAAAAAAUUAUUUAUUAAAACUAUUUCAAAGGAAGAGCAAAUUCCGCCACAAAAACUUAAAACCCCUGAAGAAAAUAUAUAUUAUUCACUUAAUGAGAAUACAUAA